AUAAAUUAAAUAUUUCUUCAAAAAUGAAAAGUGGGGAAAAUGGCAGCAAAAAUUACAACUUUUGAGCCUCCUUCAUCUGCAAGCUCGGACAGCGAUUGUGCAGAGACUCAAGCGGAUGUUUCGGAGGUGUUCCCAGAUGGUGAACUCGAUGAAGAACGUAGCGGUGAUUACUACACCACUCCGGCUUCGCCGAUCACUGUUCCAUACUGUCCUAGACCUCCAUCUGCAGGUUCACAAAAAUCUCCAAAAGCACGCCGGCAACGUACGACUUCAAUCAAUAAAUCCGCGGCUAAGAAGACUGCCACAGAAUCUGUACUUAGAACACAGCACCGCACAAUUUAUACGGCUGGACGGCCCCCCUGGUAUAACCUAGCAGGUCAACAAGUUGAACCUUUCAUAAUAGGGAUUUGUGGUGGAAGUGCCUCGGGCAAAACGUCAGUAGCCGCGAAAAUAAUUGCAGACUUAGAUAUGCCGUGGGUCACCCUGCUCAGCAUGGACUCGUUUUACAAGGUGCUCAACGAAAAACAGCACCAGCUCGCUCACAACAACGAGUAUAACUUCGAUCAUCCGGACGCGUUCGACUUUGACAUCCUAAUCGAGACCUUGCAGCGGCUAAAGGAGGGCCGCAAGGUCGAGGUGCCGAUUUACAAUUUUGUUACGCACGCUAGAGACACGCAAACCAAGACAAUGUACGGUGCUAAUGUAAUUAUAUUUGAAGGUAUUCUCGCAUUUUAUAAUCCCAAGCUUUUGAAUAUGCUGGAUAUGAAAGUCUUUGUCGAUACCGAUGCGGAUAUUCGGCUGGCUAGAAGGCUUAAGCGUGACAUUUCGGAGAGGGGACGAGAUCUCGACGGGGUUAUCAAACAGUAUACUAAGAUGGUACAACCCGCUUUCAAUCAUUAUAUCGCGCCUUUAAUGGUACAUGCCGAUAUUAUUGUGCCGAGGGGAGGUGAAAAUGAAGUUGCUAUUCACUUAAUUGUUCAGCAUGUUCAUGCCCAGCUCCAAUUGAGGGGCUUUAAGUUGCGAGAAGAAUUAGCCCAUUCAUAUGUAGGACAGCCACUCCCGGAUACCGUCCAUUUAUUACCCACAACACCUCAAAUUCGCGGCCUGCACACGUUUAUACGUAACAAGGAUACGCCGAGAGAUGAGUUCAUCUUUUACAGUAAACGUCUGAUAAGGCUCGUCAUCGAAUAUACGUUAUCAUUGAUGGCGUUCGUCGAGAAAGUUGUGGAAACCCCACAGGGCGUUUGUUAUAAUGGUAAACGAAUGGCGACAAAUAAAAUUUGCGGCGUGUCUAUUCUACGCGCCGGCGAAACUAUGGAACAAGCAGUCUGUGAUGUUUACAAAGAUAUACGAAUAGGAAAAAUUUUAAUACAAACGAAUUUUAGCACUGGCGAACCAGAGCUCUUUUACUUACGUUUGCCAAAAGACAUCAAGGAUUACAAGGUCAUUCUAAUGGACGCGACUGUUGCGACAGGUGCGGCGGCCAUGAUGGCCAUACGUGUGCUGCUGGACCACGACGUACUCGAAAGUAAUAUUCUAAUAGUGUCUUUGUUAAUGGCCGAAUCAGGGGUGCACUCGAUUGCCUACGCCUUCCCAAAGGUCCAGAUAGUAACAUCCGCCAUUGAUCCCGAAGUUAACGACAAGUUUUACGUUAUGCCGGGCAUAGGAAACUUCGGCGAUCGGUACUUCGGAACAGAACCCUCGGAGGAAUAGGAAAGUCUUUCCAAAGAAUUUGUACAUCUAGUCGUAAAAUAAUUGGCCAAGUCGCCUAGGAUAUUUAUUAAAUGACAUUAUGCAGGAAAAGGUAACAAUCAUGAAACGUUAGUAAAAGUUGAUUAGUUUUCAAAUCUAUGGGUUCAUUUUUAUUAUACACUAUACAGGGUGUCACAACGAACUAAGUAAUUUUUAUUCUGAAACCAAUGAGAAUAUCAUUCUGUAAAUCUCAUUUUAAAAAGUGAACGAGUUUCGUUGUGGGAAUAAAGAUAGUUUUCUAUUGCGAUCUCUUUUUAAAAGAAUUUACUUUUUUGCAACAGGUGGCCAUUUUCAUAAUGAUUGACAAUAUCGAUAAUAUCAAUAAUUUUGUAUUAUUGAUAGUGAAUUUCUAUUAUCGCGCAGCCCUUGUGGUUAGGAUUAUGCUAUUGUUCGUGACUGAUGUCUAAAUUUGGUAAAGAAUCUAGCCCAUGUUUAGCAUUUUGACUGUUUAUGAGCAGGUGCCAUUGAAAUAAU